UAGUCUUCGCGCAUGCGCAGUAGCAUGUAAACACAACUGUCGCGGUUGGCUGUGGUUGUUUAGCUUUAUGGCUCUCACUGUUACUAGGUUGAACUAAAACAGCUGUACUUUCACUCGGACUCUGGUAGAGAUUGUUGAAUAGUUAUCAAAGGAAACUAUGCUAUUUAUCUGCAGUGUUUUGAGGUGGUCUGAUAGUUUAUUAAGAGCUAACUAAGAAGGUUUAGCUGGUUAGCAGGGACGUUAGCUUGUAAGCUAGCAUUAGUGACUGGCUGUUUUUAACUAGCCUAGUUCACCCGAGUCUUUAUGCUAAUUAACAGACAGUUACGUUAAGUUGUUAAGUGUCUGUGUAGUUAGUUAUAUUAGGUUUUACUGUCAGCCAAAAUGUCUAAUAGUAUCACAUGAAUAUUCAACAUAAUCAGCAAGCUAGGCGAGGUUCGUUAGCUCACUAACUCAGGUAGUGAGAGACACUGUAGGCCAUCAUCGACUGACACAGGAAACUAGCUCCAUCUGGUCGGUCUGGUAACAAAACACAAAGGAAACUCAUCCGAGAUUGAUUCAGUGUCAUCAUAUGUUGACUGAAAACAGGAAACGGCAGCGCAGCUGUGGUGAUGAGGAGAAUGGCCACCUGGUGCCUCAAGCCAAACGGCAGAGCAGAGCUCAUCCUCUCUCCCCUGAGCCAGGCCGGGAUGCCUGGGACUCUGAGUCAUCCAGCGAGAGCAGCAGCAGCAUCAGCAGUCCUGAACAUGCGGCUGGCAGCUGUAGCAGUCAGUGCGCUGUGGGCCCCUGCAGCCCUUCAGCUUCGGUGACUCCCUCAGAACUGGCCGGCCGUGUGAGCUUGGUGUCCUACCUGCCAGGAUCAACCGCAUCCUGAAGCAACGCCCACUUCCAGAGCCUGCAGAGCCGAUGUCAGCUCAGAGACACAUGACGACCAUGAUGUCUCCCUCUGUCAGCCACCAGAGGACGGAGAGUCCCUGAGGCACCACAUGCUGAUUCCACUUCACUCAGCUCUUCCCAUCCAUCUCCAGUUACUGCGGUGUCUCGCAGCUCUACAUAUCUGUGGGAUGGAGACCAGCUCCUGGUCAGGUAUCUGGAGGGGGUCCAUCAUUCAAAUAAAUCAAACGUGAUAAUCAUUUUAGCAAUAAUAACUGUGUGAUCAACUUAAAACAUUUUCUUUUUGUGAUCCGCUUGAUUUCUGACCAGUCUGGUUUACAUGCUGCUCUCGGAGCCUUAUUGUGACUGAGUGAUGAUGGUGAAUCCCUGUGUUUUUGUCUUAAAUGUUGUAUGAAAACAGUGCUACUGGAGCUGCAGAAAUGGCACCAAACACAAUUUUAGGCCGGUCAGUGUGACUCGUUUAGUCUCCUCGUAGGGAACUUGGGUUGUAUAAUGCUGAAUCUGAUGUCUGUGUAAGUACACGGACCAGUCUCAGGGAGGAUUUGCACUUGUCUCGGACUGCUCAUUUGCUUUCAUAUUCAGACGGGGACCGCUUUACAGGGACCUGUAGAAGCCAUGGGUGUCAACUUGGCCAAGGAGGUUAGGUUUUCUCUCCUUAUUUUGUUAGUUUAUAGAGCAUUUAGAUUUCAGUUAAAUUUAGUGGAGUGUCAGGCCAUGGAAUAAACGAUUGGUUUUAGCACAGUUUGCAAUUUUUAAACGACUUCACAACUCUGCAAAAUGGGGAAUUUUGAACACGUUUGCUAAUUUUCUGCACUGAAUGGGGUAAAAAAAUAUGGCGCUUUUAUCCCAUAUUGAACGAUUAGUACAGUACGUUUAUGGUUCCUGAUGCAGAUUCAAAUUGUAUAGUUGAUUAUUAAAAUAUUGUGCAGUCUUGGCAGUGGUUUGCACAGGUGUUGUUUUUUUUUCUCCUGAUCAUGGACUAGAAUAAUUGAUCUCGACAUAACCCAUCCCGUCUUCUCAUGACCAUUAAAUAAUAACACUGUAGACGACAGCUACAACAUGGGAAUAAUCAUCUAUAAUCAAAUGUCACUGCUCAUAUUUGACAUCAGAAUUUAACACCUUUUUAUUAUUCUAAACUGAUGCAACUACAACCAAAGAGAGAGUCCAUAUAAUAUCACUAUGAAAUGGCGCACCUGUGGUUGUCAGCAGUUACGUAACGACAUAAUGACCUUGGAUACAAAGCAAUUUCGGGUAGAGAUUGCGCUACGUGUAUGGAUUAUAGAUGAUUACAACAUCUGGCAUGUCUUUUCUAAUAAUCAUGAGAAUACUGAUUGAUUUAUGUAAAAAUUGAUCAUGAUAACAAAGCUGACUAUUUAGAAGAUUAUUAUGAGAUCAGGUCAGAUAGAUUGAAGAUUUAAGGUUAUUUUGUUUUCUUGUGAUCAUGGAAAAAUGUAGUGAUCACAACAUUACCAGCUUAGUUUUCUCCAUGACCACAAAGUGAAAACGGAAAACGAUGAUUACACCCAUGAACCCUACAACUUUGCUUUAGACUUUUUUUGACUGUAUGGAGUGCUGUUUGAUGUGGCGUUUGAGCAUGUAGGAAAACGUAGUUCUUUCUGUCCGGAGGGGGGGGAUACAGUACAGCCUUUAG